AUGCCCGCCAAGACCCCAAUUUACCUGAAAGCUGCCAAUAACAAGAAAGGAAAGAAAUUUAAACUGAGGGACAUCUUGUCCCCCGACAUGAUUAGUCCUCCUCUGGGAGACUUUCGCCACACCAUUCACAUCGGCAAAGAGGGCCAGCACGACGUCUUUGGAGAUAUUUCUUUCCUCCAGGGGAACUACGAGCUUUUGCCUGGAAACCAGGAGAAGGCCCGCAUGGGCCAGCUGCCCGGGCAUGGCGAGUUCUUCCGGGCCAACAGCACGUCCGACUCCAUGUUCACAGAAACGCCCUCCCCGGUGCUCAAAAACGCCAUCUCCCUCCCGACCAUCGGAGGCUCCCAGGCGCUCAUGCUGCCCUUACUGUCACCGGUGACGUUUAAUUCCAAGCAGGAGUCCUUCGGGCCGGCCAAGCUGCCCCGGCUUAGCUGUGAGCCCGUCGUGGAGGAGAAGGCCCCGGAGAAGAGCAGUCUGUUGGAGAACGGGACAGGCCACCAGGGAGACGUGUCGUGGGGCUCCAGUGGGUCCGCAUCGCAGUCCAGCCAGGGCAGGGACAGCCACUCCUCCAGCCUCUCCGAACAGUACCCCGACUGGCCGGCCGAGGACAUGUAUGACCAGCCUGCCCCGUGCGAGCUCGUCAAAGACAAGACUAAAUCAGAGGAGUCCCUCUCCGAUCUCACGGGGUCCCUCCUCUCCCUUCAGCUCGAUCUGGGGCCCUCGUUUUUGGAUGAGGUGCUGAAUGUCAUGGAUAAAAAUAAGUAA